UGCAAUUAAAUCAUUUUAGAGAGUUCUUUAAUUAUUAAUUUAUCUAUUAUAUUAACUUAUUGAAUUCAUGAUCUUCCUUAUUACCUAACCUUUGUAAUAUAGAAUAAUUAAGUAUGAUUUCUGAUUUUCCUUUGGUGUGAAAGACAUUAGGAAAGGAAAGGAAUUUAUUUAUGCCAAUAGUACUUCAUGGUUAUAUAUCAGACCUUUUAAUAAUGCUAUAUAUGUUUAUUUAGAAAAAAAUGGUCUUAUCUAUGUCCAAUCUGUAUUUUGAGUAGACUAAUAAUAUUUAUCGUAUACUUGUUUUUCAUGUGACUGUUUAUCUUAAAAAUUUUCUUAUUUACUUAAUUAAAAUAAUUUUACAUUAUUGAUGUUAAUAUUGUUUUAAUUAGUAAUAGUUUAAUAGAUUUGUUAUUGUUAGAAUAUAUACAAUUCUUAAGCUUAAAUAUUUAAAACAGUAAUUUGUAAGGUUAUGUUAUAAGUGUAUUCAACGAACAAAAAAGAUGGCGUAUCUGUCAAAUUCUGUGAUAAGUGUAUGAAUAGAUUUGCAUCGGGACAAGUUCAAUUUUGAGAGGUUAUGGCCGUUACAAUCACAUAAACGUUGAAUAGAGUUUUUGACAUCGCAUUUUUAAUAAGAAGAAUACGAAAAAUUAGAGAAGACAAAUAAGUAUAAUCCCUGAGAAAAUCUAUAAUUAAUAUCCAAUAAAACGAAGCAUGACAUAUAAAGGACGAUAAAACUAAUACUUUGAUAGUCUACCGCUUUUUUCAAGGAGAAAUUGGUGUAAUAAACAGAAUACAUAAUGGGAAAAUGCAUAGCUUGUUUAUUUUACGGGCUGGCCACUCUUAUUUUUCUCCUUUACUCUGCGAAAGUGUCAAGUGAUUCAAUUUUAGAUGUUAUGAAAAAUGAUAAUAAAUUAUGCAAAAUUCCAAUAUUUUUAUACAAUAACACUGUUACAAGUACUUGUGCUAAGGAAACAUAUCCAGUAUUGAAUGUGUCAGCUGAACCUAAAUAUAGAAAUACACUUUUGUGUCUUGCUUUCUAUGACACAUGGUACAAAGUCAAUAAAUCUAGUUCAUUGUGUGACUUUUUUCACAAAAAUUCUACCGAUUCAGGUACUUUUGACUUAUAUAUGCAUCAGUUCUUUCCCAAGGAGGGAGAUCUUGAUGGCACUACAUUUUGUAAGAAUAUUAAGGGUAUAACGUUUUCAUAUAAUAAAUUGAAACCGUUGUUGUCUGUUUUACAACAUAUAAAUAUUUUUCCCAUGUGUUAUUCUUUAUGUUUCGAUAUGAAGGCAAAAUUCAAUCCACUUUGUGGGAUGUUAGCUUGGAGUAAAACCAUUGAUGGUAAUAGUAAUGAGCAAAGUGUUGAUCUUCAGUCAGAAUUAAAAACUGGAGAACUAGUAAAAAAUGAUACAAAAAAGGGACAAAUGCCAUCACAUCCAGAACUAGAAAUUCCAGGUCACUCAGAUGGUAUUAAUAAAAUUGAAACAAUGGUAACUAAUAAUGAUAGAACCAUUGAUGCAUCUGACAGUAAACAGAAAGUGCUAAUAGACUCAAUAAACUCACUACCAAAAUUAUUAAAACCAAAUCCGAUAGGUGAUAGGAAACAUAACAAUAUACAUAUUGGAAAUGAUAAUGGAAUGAAUCAGGAAAAGAUUAAUGAAAUAGACCAACAUGAGGAACAUGCACAGAAUAAAUAUAAUAAAAACAUGAUAAAUUCAAAAGAACCAAAGAAUCAGAAUGACGAUGAACAUGAAGAGCCACAGGGUACUCAUAAUGAACUGCAGACUGGACUUAAGAAACAACAGAAUUCUAAUGCGGUUGAUAUAGAUGAUCAAGCUCCAGAAACUGUAAAAGACAUUAACGAUAACACCAAAACAAAUGUAAUGCCACAGGAUACUAAUAAUGAACCACAAACUGGACUCAAGAAACAACAGAAUUCUAAUGGGAUUGAUACAGAUGAUCAAGCUUCCGAAACUGCAAAAGACAUUAACGAUGACACCAAAACGAAUGUAAUGCCACAGGAUGGUAAUAAUGAACCACAAACUGGACUCAAGAAACAACAGAAUUCUAAUGGGAUUGAUACAGAUGAUCAAGCUUCAGAAACUGCAAAAGAUAUUAACGAUGACAUCAAAACAAAUUUAAUGCCACAGGUUAACCAAGAUCAGUAUAAUUCUCUUAAUCGAGAAGAAUGGAAUCACUCUAAUGAUGAAAAAUUAUUAGAAGAUCAAAAUGAUUUAAUUGAGCCUGACCAGCAUAUUGAUCAAGGUGAUCAAACUCAAAAUAUACCUAAACCGUCUGAUCAAAAGGACAUUAUUUCUCAUUAUCAUAGUUUGAGAACGGACGAGGAAUCACACUUUUUUACUUAUUUUACUAUAGUUUCUUUGAUCUCCAUAGUUGCAUAUAUUGGCUAUUACAAUAAACAAAAGAUAUUGGCUAUAGUAUUAGAAGGACGGAGAUCACGAAACAGCCGUGGCAGGCGGCGUCCUAGCACGGCCAAUUAUCGUAAACUAGAUUGUACAUUAGAGGAAGCAGUUACGUCACAAUGCAACGCAAAUGUUACCCAUGUCAUAUAUUAAUGCAUGUAAUGUAUUUGAUACAAAAUCAUUGUAUAAUAGCACUUUAUGUGCAACGUAUUUUGUAUUUAAGCAUACUUCCAUCAUUAUAUAAGUUUAUUUUUAACAAAUUAAUUGUUCGUUUAUGUUCUAUCGAUCUUUACCAUUUUAGAAUUCAUUAUUGGUGAAUAAUAUAAUAAGAUUCGAUUACAAUUUACAAUAGUCUAAUAUUUCGCUACCAUUUCCAUAUAUUUAAUCUCAUUAUCAAUUACAUAUAUGUUUAACAGUUUAUUAUAAUCUGUCGUAUUGUUGAUAAACUUUUCUUUAAAAUGACGGUAAUCUUUCUUUACUAAAAAUAAAGAUCUCUGUUGUAAAAAUCAAUUAAAUAUAGUUUCUCUAUGAUUGCACAUAAUUUUUACAUCAUGAUAUCAUGAGAUCAAAACUAUUACCCAAAAUAUGUAAAAGUUCAUGUUACUACAUACUUGUUUUAUUAAUACCGUUAUUCCUUAUACGAUGUAUAGAAAGAUGAGCCUCAUUUUGCAAGAUGCCAAAAAAAACAUGAAUGGUGUAAAUAAAUAUAAUGUUAGAGGCAAGUAAUAUUAAUAAAUAAAACGUUUGCUCAUGCAUUGCUUAGCUUUAUGUAACCAUUUUUACCAAAUAUGUAAUAUAUUACGGUUGUUCCUUAAGUUCUCAUUAUGAGAUCACAUAAAAAUAAUUUUGAUGUGUACGUUUGUGGUAUUUAAAACAUAUAUAAAUGUUAAACGCUUUACAUCGAGAUGUCGGUUACAAAAGUAACUGUUUUUAUUCUCUUUCGAGUUACUAUGUAAUUAUUAACACCUUUUGAAAUAUGAUUUUCACGUCACUAUACUUAUUCUAUUGACUCUCCGUUAUCAUAGACUUUCUUAAGUGAAGUGCAUAUUAUAAUAAUAAUUAUAAGUAACAAUGUUCAUUUCCGUAUAUACUUCACGAUCAAAUGUUAACAUCGGUGUUAAAAUUAAGUAAUACACUUAUUUAUGCGUUAUUCUAGAUUUAACUGAUAAUUUCCUUGCACAAUGGACAUAUGUAUUUGUACGUGUGCGUUAAUAUCAAAAUUUUUGUCAUUUACAUAUAAUGAGUUUGUUGAAAAUUGUACCGAAUUAAUUUAUCAGAUGAAAUGCCGUCCACUUAUAUACGGUUGUGUCAUAAAAAAAUAUUGUGAGUUUCGGUAUCAAAUAUUUAAUAAAUUUCAUACAACAAAAUGACUGCAAUUUUUCUUACAAACAACUGUAAUGCAUAAGUACAGAUUGUUCAGCCUUGUUCAGGCAAAAAAGAAAGAAAUUAUAAAAUGUGAA